CCCGUUGAGCGUGCGGGUCCCGAUCGGCGGCGGUGCGUCUUUGCGGCCUUCAUCAUGCUGGCGGGGGCGGGCGGCGUUCCUCGGCCGGCGUCGGAAGCGGCGCAGGACAAGUCCAAAGUCAAGUCGUCGUCUCCCGCCUUUCCCGAGAAGUCCCGCCUUCACGCUUCGGGCUUCCGGUCCAAAGGCUUUGCCAUCACGGACCUCCUGGGCCUGGAGUCGACGUCGGCGGCGUCCGGGGCGGGCGAGCCUCAGGGCGGCGGCGCCGGCGGCGGGGGUCCGGGCCAGACUCUGGGGGGUGCCUUCUCCUUUCCGGGCACUUCCCUACCCCUGGGUCUGGGCUUCCUGUGCAGUCUGGCGGCCCAGCAGCCCACCGGGUCAGCCGGGGGACCCCCCUGCUUCCUGCCGGGUCACCUGCCCCUCCUGCAGAGACCAGACGCCCGCUUCUUGCAUGGCGCCGACCCCCACGCGAACGCCUUCUCUGAUGAGGAGGUUCUGUCCGACCACAACGAGUCCAAAAGUUGCUCUUCUUCGCAGAAGAGGAAGAAGCGGCGCCACAGGACCGUGUUCACGUCGCACCAGCUGGAGGAACUGGAGAAAGCCUUCCACGAAGCGCACUACCCCGACGUCUACGCUCGAGAGAUGCUCGCCGUCAAGACGGAGCUGCCCGAGGACCGCAUACAGGUGUGGUUCCAGAACCGUCGCGCCAAGUGGCGAAAGCGGGAGAAGUGCUGGGGCCGCAGCAGCGUGAUGGCCGAGUACGGCCUGUACGGGGCCAUGGUCCGCCACUCCAUCCCGCUCCCGGAGUCCAUCCUCAACUCGGCCAAGAACGGCAUGAUGGGGUCGUGCGCCCCCUGGCUGCUCGGUGAGCCGCAUGCACGAAUGCACAAGAAGUCUUUGGAAAUGUCCAAAAAGACGAGCACGUGCUGCGCGGACCGUUCCGACUCCAAGCGCUCUUCGGAGGAAGGCCAGGAGAACGCGGCGGCGGCGGCGGAGGAGGAGGAAGAGGAGGAGGAGGCCAUGGAUUUGUCCAGUUCCUCCAAACAGCAGCAGGACGACGUCGGCGCCGAGCAGCAGUGCUCUUGAGGGCGCUGCCUGCCUGCGCCUUCCGCUGCGGUGACCGGCGUUCUUCGCAUCCCGCGAACGCGUCCGGAGCGUCCGGUUACCGUCGCGACGCACCCGCACGGAACGUCCCGUCGCCAAGACGACAACCGCUCGGAGCGUCCCGGAGCUCCAUCUCCACAAAGACGCUGCGACAUUUGCACACGAGUGUUCGCGUGCUAAAUAGUUAGCCACCAGCGGCUGUGUGGCUAAAUGCUAAAUGCUCAUUUUGGAGAGAAGGGAUAUGACGUUGGCGUCGUUAGCAGUGUGUCAAAUAUGGUCAUAAAUAUCCAUUUUCUGGAGUGCUUCUCCUCGCGCUGGAGCCAAUCCCAGCCAUCUUCGGGCGAGAGGCGGGGACACCCCCCGACCGGUCACCAGCCAAUCGCAGGGCACAUAGAAUCAAACAAGCGUUCGCACGCGCAUUCACACCUACGGGCAAUUCAGAGUCCCCAAUCCACCUAGCACGCAUGUUUUUGGGAUGUGGGAGGAAAGCAGCGUACCCAGAGAAAAGCCGCGCAGGCACGGGGAGAACAUGCAAACUCCACACAGGCCGGGCCGGAUUUGAACCCCGGUCCUCAGAACUGUGAGGCGGAUGUGCGGUCGGUCACCGUGCCGCCAUGUCAAUAAAUAUGUGGUUGUAAAUACCCGAUUAUCGGUGACGUGCGGUGAGGUUCUUGGGGCGCUGACUACGUCACGUGACUGACUGGCGCUCAACACUGCCACAUGCUGGUUCGGCACCGCACAUACCAGACUCCACUGUGCACUUUUAGUGACCUUUCUGGUUGAUAACAAAGACUAAAUGUCACACACUUUCAUGAAAUAUAUUAGAUAGUCUGUUCGACGUCAGUAAGUGCAGUACAUGUGCGAUAAAACGUAUAUUAUUGGCGAUGUAAUGAGGAAACGCCAAUGUCUCUGGUGACCAAUCGCAGCCCGCCUGAACGGAUGCGUGCGUGCGUGGUCUCUCGAACCGUCGUGGGAGCGAUGACUCAACGUGACUCGAUCUGCGCUUCCUAUGCAUUUGAACAGGACAUUUGAAACUUCUGCUAUUUUAAGGAUGAAAUCGUUUGAAAACGAAAUAAAAUGCAACAGCAAGGUUUUUUUUGACUCUUCACAUGCAGUGGAACGGAAAGACCACCAGGGGGCAGUGCGGCUCUGCCUCACUCGCCGACCCUGACCGCACGUCACUGCCGAGGAGGACCUUUUGUCACAACCGCGUUUGUGUUUUUACUGUUAAUGACGGGCCCAUUGUUUUGUAUUUAUUGAUGUGAGUUUAAUUGUUUCGCAUGUCAUGCUUCACUUUUGUCUGACAUUGAAUUAUAAUAUUUAAUAUUGAAGUUUUUAUGAUUGGAACAGCCGAAGCUGCAGAAUAAAAACACAAAUAUUUUUGGA